CAUCUUGUUAGAGAUUGCUGGAGAUAUCAAAUAAUAUCUAUGACAUCUGUAACUUUGCCUAACCUCAAAUAGAAGUGUUUGGUUCUGUUUAAACAUUAAAUCUGGAAAAAUUUUGAAAUGCCUUCUAAAAAAAAAAAAUAUAAUGCUAGAUUUCCCGCGGGAAGAAUUAAAAAAAUUAUGCAGACAGAUGAGGAGGUUGGGAAAGUGGCACAAGCUGUACCAAUUAUAAUCUCUAGAACAUUGGAGCUUUUUGUUGAAUCGCUAUUAAUAAAAUCUACACAAAUCACACUUUCAAGAAAUGCAAAAACAUUAACACCAUCUCAUAUGAAACAAUGCAUUCUUUCUGAAAGUCGUUUUGAUUUCUUGAAGGAUCUAGUCAAAAACAUACCAGAUGCUAGUGCACAGGAAGAUAAUGAAAAUAACAUUCUUUUUGAUGCAAGUAUGGAGAAUCGUGAAUCAACUAGUGUUAGUGGUACCAGACAAACAACUCCUGAUGAAAGCAAAACAUCAAGUACUGUGAUAAGGUAUGGACCUUCCAUAUCACAUGAAGAAGGAUGUGCCACUACAAGUUCAAGUACAAUAACAAAGAGAAAAUCUUCAAAUAGAGCUUCAAGAAGUAAUAGUAAUAAUUCCAGAAGAAAAAACUCCAGUAGCACUCAAUCUACAGAAGAAGACGAUUUGGAUUCUGAUGACUCUUCAGAUAGUGGAAAAUCUGCUAAAAUACCAAAAUUGAUGGUCGAGGAUGUUCCCCCUCUCAUUCCCAUUUUAUCCCAAAGUAAAAAUGAUGUUCUGGUUAUCGAUGAAGAUUACGACAAUUGACAAUUCAAAUUAAGUGGAAAAACUGUGUAUGGACAUUUUCGUGAUUUCAAUAUUUUUAAAUAAUGCUUAAGACUCCCAAUGAGUUUUCAACAUCAUAGUACCUUAAAAUAUGUUCAGUAUUUCUGAUAUUUCAUACAUUUAAUUUAAUGUAAUAUUCAUGAAUCUUCUUGUAACUUGGAGGAAUAUAUUACCUGAUGUACUUCUUCUGUAGUACCAACAUUCAGAUGUAAUUGUAAAAAAUAAAUUAUUAUUUAUAUACAUAAUUACAA